UUAAAGGUCGGUCAGCUUGGAUGGGUCUUCUGAGCCACCAGCUGCCGUGGCCUUGUUGACACCGACGACUACAACUGAUUCCUUGCUCAAGAGACACAACCAAAUGAAUUCGAAAGGACCCGUGGCUGUUCCUCUUUACAUACUGACCUGCGGGGCCCUUGGCCCGUAGCGUUGGGCAGCAGGCGUCGACAGGGUUUUCGGCCUCCUCCACAUGUCUACAAUUUGACAAUAACAAAUUGAGCUCAAUGCCUACCUGUCUGUGCGCCUCCGUCCGCGAGAAUCGGAAGAAGAGACCCCAGAAUAUAAAAUGUAGACAACGAUUGCCAGGCCCCGCCCGCCUGCACACAGACAAGUAUCUCAGUACUGUACAUGUCUCUGUCUUCUUCUGAGCGGCAGCACACCUUCCGCCAUUGAUUCCUUUAUCUGACGACACAGAAGAGGUGACCCAGACAGCCUCAGCCGUGGUGUGUGUACUGCGUCCAUGUGGUGACUGAGGUGCAUACGCAUUGAGUGGGGGCGAGGGCGGGUGGAUAGCCUCCAGCUCGACGGCAACCGCACUCGCACUGUCGCUGCUGCUCGGGUCGGAGUGCACAUGCUGGCCCUCAGUCGCCUCCUCUCCCUUCUCAGGAACCUCAACCACCUGCAUGGCACACAGACAGACAGACAGACAGAUUACAUGUACGUAUGUUAUCCGUGCCGGCCGAUGUGAUGUGUCCGUCCGUCCAUGCAUCACUUAGACGGCCUGCUUCUCUGUGUGUGUGCAACCUGCCUCAUUUACCAUUUGAUGAAUCACAGUGUCGGUGUCGCUGGGCGUGUCGUCAGCCACCUCGCCCUCUCCCUCUCCCUCGGCCGCAGCAGCACCGACCUCUCCGUCCUCUACGACCGCGGAUGCCCCCUGCUCGGCCUCUCCCUGGGGCUCUUCUGCAGACGUCUCGGCGUCCUGUGGCUGGGCUGCCGGGUCUGCGAUGGUGGCUGUGGGCUCGCCCUGGUCGGCGAUCUCCUCCUGCUGUGGAGGCUGCUGGUCGGGCUCGUGGAUGAUCAGAGUGGUCUUGUGGAGGGUGGUGAGAUCGGCCGGGACUUGAACCAUACCCUGCAAUUCCAUCCCAGUGACCGUUCUUCCUGACUGACUGACCAUUGUCAUGGGGCUGUAGUGCUCCUCGAGCGACGGUGACCACGUGACGUCGCCGACGCGCUUGGUGAGGCGGGGUAUCAUGAGCCAGUCGCGAUCCGUGGCGGACACAUCCAGACCAAACACUGUGGGCUGGCACAACUGCAGGGACACACGCGAAAGAUGAGAUGCACCAGUGCUUAUAUUUACACGCACCCACGGUGUGUGUGACAUGACUUGACAGCUUCGAUCUGCCUCGCUGGCUCGCCACAAAUGCAUAGCUGUCUGUCUGUCUGUCUGUCUGUCUGUGCAUAUAAUAUGUACCUCCCUACCUUCAGAAUGAGGUCGCUGAAGUGAACUGUGGUGGUUGAAGUGGAAGGCGGCACCUAGCUGACGCUCAUCACGUUGUCGUCGUCGUGCAACGGCUCGCUGUGGUGAACUGUGGCCAAUCCGCACUCGUCCUGCAAUGCAACCACACACACACCAAACCACACACCAAACCAUCGAUUCACAUGACAUGCGUGUGGGUGGGUUGUUGGAGGGGGGCUGUGCUGUGCUGUGCUGUGCUGUGCGUACAUACAUACAUACAUACAUACCGCAACGGGCGCCUUGCGUCGCUCAUCCUUGGCAUCCCGCAACCUACACACGUGCAUCCAUCCAUCCAUCCAUCAUACAUAUACAUACAUAUAUACAAUACAUAUGCACCCAUCCUUGUGCCCGCAGCGGUAUGUAUGUAUGUAUCACUGCACUGCUCACAGGCGGAACGCGCGACGCUCGAGUGCGCGCAUCAUUCCGUCGACGAGGAACUGGGGCCCAGCUGAUUGAGCAAGACAAGAGACACAACGCACGCAGAGCACAACGCCCGAUGCAUGCAUGCAGAGAAAGUGUUGUGUUGGGUUGGAUUACACACAUCUUAUCAAUCAUCUGCCCUUCCUUCGUGUACGUCUGUCGCUCUCACCACGCCAGUAGAUGUACCGCCGCAGGUCGUCAUGAGCUUCCACGUAUAUCCACGUCAGGUAGCUCACCUUGGCCUGCUCCUGUGGUGUCAGCUCGAGCCUCCUCUUCCCUCGCGACCUCUCCCUCAUAUCCCUCGUAACCCCUCGUUCGAUGCCUGCAAGAAAUGCACCACAGCACAGACGGUGGCGGUGAGGGGUGGCGGUGGGUGCGUCUACAGGGCUCUCCUGGAAACAUAAGCGACAAAUAUCAGAUGACUUGAGCGGUGUGUUCCUGUAUGUGCGUCCGUGGAUGCCUCACUCACCACGUGGUAGAUGACAGUGUCGGCAUCGCUGAGCGUCUCAUCAAACUCCUGUACACAGCCAACAGACACGUCGCAUGACAUCCCUGCCUUACCAGAUGGAUUUCGUCUGCAGCAGGCGCCUCCUCGGCCGACUCAACGGGAACAUUUCCAGCGCCCAAACACGUGCAAGUCUUUCCACAAACACAGCAGUAGCACAGCAUGUUUGUCGUGUACCAU